AUGCGGCCCCCGCAGACCCCCAUUCCGCCGUGGGGGUCCAAAUCUCGCUGGUACAUGACGCCGACGCCGCUCAGCCCUUCCUUCUCACGACAUCGGUUCCAAGGCACUGCCGCCGCCGCCUCCGAGAAACCCCGCGUCACGCUGUUCGAGUGGUGGCUGGAGAGAGUGGAAGGGGAUGACCAGAAGGUCGCCAUCGCAGGGAAAUUUGAAAGUUAUCUGUUACUCGCUUCUGACAGGAAUCAAACAGUCUACGAAUUCGGUUCUGCAACCAUUGCAAAGCGCCACGAAGCUUGCGUUCUUGAAACUGAAGGUGGAAUUCUACUUCUCAUCUAUGGCACACUCAACCGUUCGCGGAUGCUAGCCGGCGGAUACUCAAGUGAGGUCUAUGAAAAGUUCAAGAUCGGAUUUCCAUACUGCUGGGAAUAUUGCAUCCAGCUUUAUCCCAAGGUGGCACAAACAGGAUUGGAUAGUGCUAUAAAUGAAAAUGCUGCUGUCUCAAAUGAUGGCGGAGAAAGACAUGAAGCUGCACGUAAUGAGGCGUAUAAUGUGGAAACAGACUUGAUUGCAUGCAGAGCUUUAAGAGAAAGAGAUGAUGGUGGCAUAGAUACUAAUGCAUCUUUAGUGCAUAUAGUGGAGUGUGCUAAUGAUGCUAGCAAUGAAGAGGCAGAUAAUGCUACACCCACAAGUACAUGCGAUCUGGGAAUAGCUCAGCAUGUUGCAUUGAGUAAGAAGGCAGAAGUAAAUGAAAAUGUGCCAACUUUUGUUUGUUUAGACGUGCAAAACUCCUCCGAUCUUCCAAAUGGAACAUCAAGAUUUCAGGAAUGCGCUUGUGAUGGUGAUAUUGCAACAAAUGAAAAUGCUGCUGCCUCAAAUGAUGAUGGAGAAAAAGAUGAAGAUGUAUAUAAUGAUGUGAAUAAUGUGGUAAUAAACUUGACUGCCAGUAGAGCUUUAAGCGAAAGCGAUGAUGGUGAUGUUGAUAUUAAUGCAUCUUUAGUGCUUAACUGGGAGUGUGCUAAUGAUGCUAGUAAUGAAGAGGCAGACAAUCCUCCAUCCAGAAGCAAAAAGAGAGAUCCAGUGAUUCCAUUGAAUACUCAAGGUUGUGAAAAAACUCAGCACACAGCAUUGAGUAAGAAGGCAGCAGUAGAUGAAGAAAUGCUAACUUCAGUAUGUUUAGAUGUGCAAAACUCUUCUGAUCUGUCAAAUGGGACACCAACAUUUGAGAAAAACACUUGCUUUGGUGAUAUUCCAACAAAUGAAGAUGCUGCAGCUUUGAAUGGUAACAGUGAAAGAUGUACAGCUGUAUCCGAGGAGGUGAAUAGCGUUGAAACAGGCUUGACUGUGGGCAGCACUAUAAGAGAAAGCGAUCAUGAUGGAAUUGCUACUAAUGUUUCUUCAGCUCCUACAGUGGAAUGUACUAAUGAUGCAAUCGAUGAAGGGGUAGACAAUACUUCACUCUUAGGUUGUAAAAAAACUCCAGUGGCUUCUUUGAAGAGUCAAGGCUGCCAGGAAAAACAUCAGCACACACCUUCAAAUGACAAGCCUUCAGGCCCACCAAAGAAGCAAAGGUCUGCACUUGAGAAGUUGCAGGGUGCUACAAGAUCUCCAUUCAUCAGCCCAGUUCCAUAUCCCCGUGAGUCUCCGCUUACUCGUGGUAGGGCCAUGUCAUUGUCAAUGUCCACACCUGAAGAUCUCAAACUGAGAAAAACCAGAUCGGGUCGUGUAGUUGUACCCACUUUGGAUGCAGGAUGCCAAAGGAUUGUCUAUGACAUGGACGGCAUGAUUACUGGUGUCAUCGGUCUGGAUUCACCAUUGCCCAAAGGGAGCAAGCUGAAAACGGCGAGGAGGAAGAGAGGCUGAGCCGCCAAGCAAGCUAAAAACGUAUGCAAGGAAGAAGAGAAGGGCUCCGUGAGCAAUUCUCCCAGACGUG